GAGUCGCUGGAGCAGCUGGCGGCCGAGGGGCUCUGGGCUGGUGGGAGCCCGCGCGGGUCAGGCCGGGAUGAGCAAUGGCAUCGGUCAAGGUGGCCGUGAGGGUCCGGCCCAUGAAUCGCAGAGAAAAGGACUUGGAGGCCAAGUUCAUUAUUCAAAUGGAGAAAAGCAAGACAACAAUCACAAAUUUAAAGAUACCAGAAGGAGGGACUGGGGACUCAGGAAGAGAACGGACCAAGACCUUCACUUAUGACUUUUCUUUUUAUUCUGCUGAUACAAAAAGUCCAGAUUACGUUUCACAAGAAAUGGUUUUCAAAACCCUCGGCACAGAUGUCGUGAAAUCUGCAUUUGAAGGUUAUAAUGCUUGUGUAUUUGCAUAUGGGCAGACUGGAUCUGGAAAGUCAUACACUAUGAUGGGAAAUUCUGAUGAUUCUGGCUUAAUACCUCGGAUCUGUGAAGGGCUCUUCAGUCGGAUAAAUGAAACCACCAGAUGGGAUGAAGCAUCUUUUCGAACUGAAGUCAGCUACUUAGAAAUUUAUAAUGAACGCGUGAGAGAUCUACUUAGGCGGAAGUCAUCUAAAACCUUCAAUCUGAGAGUCCGGGAGCAUCCAAAAGAAGGACCUUAUGUUGAGGAUUUAUCCAAACAUUUAGUACAGAAUUAUGGUGACGUGGAAGAACUUAUGGAAGCGGGGAACAUCAAUCGUACUACAGCAGCAACUGGGAUGAAUGACGUCAGUAGCAGGUCUCAUGCCAUCUUUACCAUCAAGUUCACUCAGGCAAAAUUUGAUUCUGAAAUGCCAUGCGAAACCGUGAGUAAGAUCCACUUGGUCGAUCUCGCCGGAAGUGAGCGUGCUGACGCCACUGGUGCCACCGGUGUCAGGCUGAAGGAGGGAGGGAAUAUUAACAAGUCCCUCGUGACUCUGGGAAAUGUCAUUUCUGCCUUAGCUGAUUUAUCUCAGGAUGCAGCAAACCCUCUUGUAAAGAAGAAGCAAGUUUUUGUGCCUUACAGGGAUUCUGUUUUGACCUGGUUAUUAAAAGAUAGCCUUGGAGGAAACUCUAAAACUAUCAUGAUUGCCACCGUUUCACCUGCUGAUGUCAAUUACGGAGAAACCCUGAGUACUCUUCGCUAUGCAAAUAGAGCCAAAAACAUCAUCAACAAGCCUACCAUUAACGAGGACGCCAACGUCAAGCUCAUCCGCGAGCUGCGAGCAGAAAUAGCCAGACUGAAAACGCUGCUUGCUCAGGGGAAUCAGAUUGCUCUCUUAGACUCUCCCACAGCUUUAAGUAUGGAGGAAAAACUUCAGCAGAAUGAAGCAAGAGUUCAAGAAUUGACCAAGGAAUGGACAAAUAAGUGGAAUGAAACCCAAAAUAUUUUGAAAGAACAAACUCUAGCCCUUCGGAAGGAAGGGAUUGGAGUCGUUUUGGAUUCUGAAUUGCCUCAUUUGAUUGGCAUUGAUGAUGACCUUCUGAGUACUGGAAUCAUCUUAUAUCACUUGAAGGAAGGUCAGACACAUGUUGGUAGAGAAGAUGCUUCAACAGAGCAGGAUAUUGUUCUUCAUGGCCUUGACUUGGAGAGUGAGCACUGUAUCUUUGAAAAUGUCGGGGGGACAGUGACUCUGGUACCUCUGAGUGGGUCUCAGUGCUCUGUGAAUGGUGUUCAGAUCAUGGAAGCCACACACCUAAAUCAAGGUGCUGUGAUACUUUUGGGAAGGACCAAUAUGUUUCGCUUUAACCACCCCAAGGAAGCCGCCAAGCUCAGGGAGAAGAGGAAGAGUGGCCUUCUGUCCUCCUUCAGCUUGUCCAUGAGCGACCUCUCGAAGUCCUGUGAGAACCUGUCUGCAGUCAUGUUGUAUAAUCCUGGUCUUUUCCCUAUAAAAGGACCCAUCUGUCUAAGACUUGAAUUUGAGAGGCAACAGCGUGAAGAACUAGAAAAAUUAGAAAGUAAAAGGAAACUCAUAGAAGAAAUGGAGGAAAAGCAGAAGUCAGACAAGGCGGAACUGGAGCGGAUGCAGCAGGAGGUAGAGACGCAGCGCAAGGAGACAGAAAUCGUGCAGCUGCAGAUCCGCAAGCAGGAGGAGAGCCUCAAACGCCGCAGUUUCCACAUCGAGAACAAGCUGAAGGAUUUGCUCGCCGAGAAGGAAAAGUUUGAAGAGGAAAGACUGAGGGAGCAGCAGGAAAUCGAGCUGCAGAAGAAGAAGCAGGAAGAAGAGAGCUUCGUCCGGGUCAAAGAAGAGCUGCAGCGGCUGCAGGCACUCAGCAACACCGAGCAGGCCGAGAAGAUGCAGAUAUUUCAAGAGCUGGGCCGGCUGCAGCGCGAGAAGGACGAACGGUGUGCCAAGCUUGAAUUGGAAAAGAAGAGGCUGGAGGAGCAGGAGAAGGAGCAGGUCUUGCUCGUGGCCCACCUGGAAGAGCAGCUCCGAGAGAAGCAGGGGAUGAUCCAGCUGCUGCGUUGCGGCGACGUGCAGCGGGCGGAGGAGGAGAAGCGCGACCUGGAGGGCAUCCGGGCGGCCCUCCUGCGCGCCAAAGAGGCCCGGGCCGGGGGCGACGAGGACGGCGAGGAGCUGGAGAAGGCUCAGCUGCGGUUCCUAGAGUUCAAAAGAAGGCAGCUUGUCAAGCUCGGGAACUUGGAGAAGGACCUGGUUCUGCAGAAAGACCUCCUGGAAAAAGAAGUCGAAGAAGACCAGGAAAUUCUAGAGCGUUUGAAACGUGAAAACGAUGAAGAAUCUAGGUUGUCGGGAAGAAAUGAUGGUAGUGUCGCAGAUGUCACCCCACGGGUUCAAGAUUUAGAGAAAAUAAAGCCCGUGGAGUACAGGCUGCAGUAUAAAGAGCGCCAGAUACAGUACCUCCUGCAGAAUCACUUGCCAGCUCUGGAGGAAGAAAAGCAGAGAGCAUUUGAGAUCCUUGACAGAGGCCCCCUCGGCUUAGACAACACUCUUUAUCAAGUAGAAAAAGAAAUGGAAGAAAAAGAAGAGCAGCUUGCCCAGUACCGAGCCAGUGCGAGCCAGCUGCAAAAGCUCCAGGCCACCUUCGAAUUCACCGCCAACGUCGCGCGGCAGGAGGAGAAAGUGAGGAGGAAGGAGAAGGAGAUUCUGGAGUCGCAGGAGAAGCAGCAGAGGGAGGCGCUGCAGCGGGCCGUGGCCCUGCUGGACAGGAGGCACUCCGCUCUGCAGCGGAGCUCCACCCUGGGCCUGGAGAUCGAAGAGCAGAGGCAGAAGCUCGCCACCCUGCACGGCAGCAGCAGCGAGCAGCUGGGGCUCCGGGCCAGCCUGGAAGCCGAGCAGGAAGCCCUGGAGAAGGACCGCGAGAGGCUAGAACAUGAAAUCCAGCAGCUGAAACAGAAGAUCUGUGAGGUUGAUGUGGUUCAAAAAGGUCAUCAUGGGACCCCGGAGGGGAAGACUGCUUCUUCCAGCUUGCCAUCCAGUGCUGAAAAAUCUCACCUGGUCCCUCUGAUGGAUGCCAGGAUCAAUGCUUACAUUGAAGAAGAAGUCCAAAGACGUCUUCAAGACUUGCAUUGUGUGAUUAGUAAUAACAGCAGUACAUCUGCAGCUGUGCUGAAGGAUAAUGAGAAACUUCACAAUGGCACCAUUCAACGUAAGCUGAAAUAUGAGCGAAUGGUUUCUCGCUCUUUGGGAGCAAAUCCAGAUGACCUGAAGGACCCAAUUAAAAUUAGUAUUCCACGCUAUGUCCUCUGCGGGCAAGGAAAGGACGAGCACUUCGAGUUUGAGGUCAAGAUUACUGUCCUAGAUGAGACAUGGACUGUAUUCAGACGUUACAGUCGUUUUCGAGAAAUGCAUAAAACAUUGAAGUUAAAGUAUGCCGAGCUUGCUGCCCUUGAAUUCCCCCCAAAAAAACUAUUUGGAAACAAGGACGAACGAGUGAUUGCUGAGAGGCGGAGUCACUUAGAGAAAUACCUCAGGGACUUUUUCAGCGUGAUGCUCCAAUCUGCGACAUCUCCCCUGCACAUCAGCAAAGUGGGGCAGACUCUCUCGAAACACACCAUUUGUGAGUUCUCGCCGUUCUUCAAGAAGGGAGUGUUUGACUACAGCAGCCACGGGACCGGUUAGAGCUGGGGGGACGGAGGGUCCACCAACUCAGUGCCUUCUCGUCGAAGUGGGCUCCCACGCAGGGCGGCCUCCCCCGUAAGGAUCCAGGCCCGCCUGCUUCUGCCCAGGGCAGGCGUGCAGCGGCCGGCUGGGACCGCUCACGUUUCCACGCCGGGUGCCUGAGUCUGACAAUGCCCUGCUUUGCCUGCUCAUGGCAACCUUGAUGGGCAGCUGCUACUGUUCCACUGAGGUUGAAUGUGGCCUUUUCCAUCAGUGCUUCCUUCUCAUUACGCAGCCGAGUCCUCACCUGUGGCAAGAUGGACAUGGCUUGAUUAUCUUGGGCUCCUCGAGCCAAGCCAACCUGGGACCUCCAAAGUGGGUGACUUACCAGACCACCCUUAAAUGACUUUGAUCUGGUUUCCUCUUUCACCAAAAUAUACUCUUAUUUUUUAUAUUCCUUCCAUGUGGCUGUCUGUAUCCCAAGAAAAGGAUUUUAAAUUAUUUCAUUGCAUUUUUUUUCUUUUUUCCCUCAUUUGAAUCAGAACUUUUACAUAGCACUUACACACUGAUGUUUACACAGAAUUUCAUAUUCUGCAAAAGGGAAUUGUUUGACUAGAGUCUUCCAUGCUCGACAAAUUGGAUGUAGGCAGCAUCAUUUAAAACUUCUAUAAAUUCCUACAGAUAAUAAGUUUGUUUAACUUUGAAUGUUUGAGAAUAUUUUUCCAAAUCUAAAUGGCUACUGUGCAUUCUCAAGCUUUUUCUGCUAAGCACAAAAUAAGUGCAAAGCUGAAUGCAUAUUUUUAAUCAUUACUUUGUUCACAUUUUUGUUACAGAAUCUACUGGAUCUUUAGGUGACACAUUAGAAUUUACAGUAGCUUAUUAAAGUUUCAUUAAAUUACUCAGGACUUAAUGUAACAUUGCACAUCUAUGUACAAUAAAACUGCUUUGUUUUACUAAAGAGAAAAAUGUAAGUAGAAAAAAAUAUGUGGUAUCUAUCGAAGUGUAUAUAAUUCUACCUAUAGAUUUAUAUAUGUACACAGUUCUGCACAAUAAUUGUAUCAAAA